UGGCAAUACUGUUUCUUUAUUUUUUGAAGCAAUAAAUAAAAAUGUUACAAAGUUCGACGAACGCGUUAUAAAUUUUAUUUAUUUUUUUCAAAAAUUUAUAUUAUUAUAAUAAAUAAAGAAAAAUGGAGCUCGAAUUGUAUAAUCAGAUUAUAACCUCAAUUCACAAGUUCAACGGAUUAUCAAAAGACUGUGCAAAGAUGUUAAGAGAAAAAUAUGACAAUGUGCCAAUUAAUACUUUGUUCAGUAUAUUAUCGUUAGAGAUACAGCAAAAAAUGAGGAUCAAUCACACUAAAUUGUUUGGACCAAAUAAAAAUUAUUACGAAAAUUACAUAGAAGCUAUACAGAAAGGAGAACCUGUAGGAAUCUUAUUAAAAAUGGCAAAAGAAAUCAAUGCUCCACCGGCAUUAUUAGCACGUAAUGUUUUAGAAAAACAUUGCAGUCAGGAUGACCCUAACAUCUCUCGUAAAGAUGUUAGCAGACUUUUUAAGGAUACAACUUUAAUAGAAGAUAAAGAUCUAUCAUAUGAAGUAUAUUUGUGUAUAUUAUAUGACGAUCUUUAUGGACCGAUAGCAGAUGCUAUGGGCAUUUCAAUAGGCCAAGAGUAUGAAAUGAAAUUAGAGAAUUAUUUGACAGAACGGAACUUUGCAUUCCGUAAUGAAGAACAUUUACGAUCAAGAGGAUAUGACAAAACUCCAGAUUUUAAAUUAGAAGUUCCUAUCGCUGUGAAUGGUUUUGUAGUGAAUUGGAUUGAAUCAAAGGCACGUUUUGGCAAUAAUGAAAUACAUCAAAAGUACAUAAGGGAACAAUUUUUGAGUUAUUGGAAUAGAUUUGGUCCUGGUCUCGUUAUCUAUUGGUUUGGUUAUUUGAAUACUUUGAAUCAACUUAAUGAGAAGAAAUUUAUUAUCAUGGACCAUUUUCCAGAAGAUAUUACAUAUAUGGAUCCAAAUUCGAUCAAGCAAACGACGACAUCGUGAUUACGCUUAAAUCGUCCUUGAAUAAGAAGAACUCGAAAACUGGAGCACAGUGGCUGUAAACGGUAGAAACGCGCACCUGGUUUGCCGCGCAAGCGAAAUGAUACGCUUAUUUAUAUAUCCAGCUAUGUGUUUGCCCGUAAGCGCCGCCGCUGUCGUGAUUUCAAAGCCAGUGUGCAGUUUUCGGGCAUCAGUUAUCAUUGUACGUUCAAAAUUGGAAAAACCGAAUCCGAGAAAUAUUUGGGAAAACAUAAUUUAUCAAUUAAUCGAGAAUUUAUGAAAAGUGAUAUUGAUAUAAUUAAGACGUUAAUCUUAUUUUAAUUUUGCAACGAUAUAUUUUUUUACAAUUUCCAUUAAUAUUUCUUUCUUUUCUAUUUUAUUUUUUUUAUUUUUAUUUUCUGUGUUUUCGCUUAACAUGAAAUAGAAAAUUUAAAAUAAGAUACUAAAGAAAGAAAGAGAAGAAAGUAGAUAAAGAAAUAUUAGAAUAAUAUUUAACAUUGCCGUUGAAGAUAACAAUAUAUCAACAUUGAAAUAGAUACGUAUGAUUUUUCUGUUCCAUUCAAAUCCUACUAAGUUACGAUAUUACUAUUCCUCGCGAAUAUGCGUGUUGAUUGGUCGACAAUUUGAAUUGUAAUGUUCGAUAAACUUGAACGUAUGUAACAUCGAAGUAGUGUUUCGUGAAAGUUCAUCGGUGAAUGGAAAAAUAAACUACGUUUUGCAUGACAAUAAACGUUAUUUGAACAAGUAGA